AUGCCCAACGUCAGCCAAGCGCCUCCUCCCUAUUUCCUGCUGGUGGGGGUCCCUGGCCUUGAGGCCUUCCACACCUGGCUCUCCGUUCCCUUCUGCUGCAUGUACCUCCUGGCCCUGGUGGGGAACCUCUCUGUCCUGUUGAUCAUUGAAUCUGACCCCAGCCUCCACCAGCCCAUGUUCCUCUUCCUCUGCGUCUUGGCUGCCACUGACCUGGGUCUCUCCACUUCCAUCGCCCCUAAGUUGCUGGCCAUCCUCUGGGUGAAUGCCAGGGGAAUUGGCUUUGAUGCUUGCCUGGCCCAGAUGUUCUUCCUCCAUGCCUUCACCGCCAUGGAGUCAGGGGUGCUGCUGGCCAUGGCCUUUGACCGCUUUGUGGCCAUUUGUGCCCCACUGAGGUAUGGCGCCAUACUCACCCCCCGCCUGAUCGCGAAGGUGGCCCUGGCGCUGAGCCUGCGGGCCGUGCUGAUCGUUGUUCCCUUCCCUCUGCUGGUGAAACGCUUCCGCCACUUCCAUUCCAAUGUGAUCUCCCACUGCUACUGUGAGCACAUGGCGCUGGUGAAGCUGGUCUGUGGCAACACCAGGGCCAACCACCUCUAUGGGCUGAUCCUCUCGCUGUCUGUGUCAGGCCUGGACAUCGCGGGCAUCUCCGCCUCUUACUUCCUCAUCCUCCAGGCGGUAUGCAGGCUGCCGUCCAGGGAGGCCCAGCGCAAAGCCUUCGGCACAUGUGGGGCCCACAUCAGCAUCAUCCUGGUGUUCUACAUCCCAGGGCUCUUCUCUUACUUGACCCACCGCUUCGGCCACCAGGUCCCCCAGCCCGUCCACAUCAUCUUGUCCAUUCUGUACCUCCUGGUGCCCCCCAUGCUGAACCCGCUGGUCUACGGAGCCAAGACUAAGCAGAUCCGAACCAGAGUGCUCAAACUGUUCUUCCUAGCAAAGGAAACCUUCUGA